AUGUCGCGCGCUACGGAUUCCGGCGCUACGGCCGAGGCUCCUUCGCUGCCUUGGAGGGCCCUGUCCUCGACGACGAUUUUCGGGGUCGCAGCAUUAUGCCGUUCAUUCCUUUACGUCUGCAGUCGGCCGGAGGUGCAUGGAUUGGAUUCGUUUCUGGAGCUCCUUGACUCCAGAGCCGAUCCGACGCAGAGAACAAGAGGCUUGCUGACAGGUACGCUGCCAUUUUUCGUCCGCUUGUGGCUGGGGUGUUUAGGCUAA